UAAUCUACCCAAGGUUAUCUUACCAAAUAUAAUAUGUGCAAGCAAUCAUGGUGCAAGUUUGUUUCGUUCUUGUUGCUUGCUUUUUCCUUGGAGGAAUAGUCAGUUCAGUUCAUUUUCCUAGAGUAUCAACUAAGCUGGGAGAUAUAAAUGGCGUAUAUAGUACAGUGUCAUUUAAAAACAGAGAAUUCAAAGUUAAGAGAUUUCUUGGAAUACCAUAUGCAAUGCCACCUGUCGGAAAGUUAAGAUUCAAAAAACCGGAACCCGUUGAAAUAUUAUCACCGAAUCCGUUUCCGGCAGAUACAUUCGGAUCACCAUGCGCUCAGGUUGACAUGUUUGGUCAGAAAUUAGCAGAAAACUCGCUGACAGAAGAUUGUUUAUUUCUAAAUGUCUACGCCCCACAUCAAGAUCCGGACAAAGUGACGGGGCAUGCUGUGAUGGUAUUUAUACAUGGUGGUGGGUUCUCGCUUGGCACAGGAAACACAUAUAUCGGUGAUCGUUUAGCGUCUGUCGGUAACGUCAUAGUUGUAACUAUCAAUUAUAGACUUUGGAUAUGGGGCUUUUUGGAUUUCAAUGAUGAAAGAGCUCCAGGAAAUAUGGGUUUAUGGGACCAACAGAUGGCACUGAAAUGGGUGAAUGAAUACAUUGAAUCUUUCGGAGGUGACAAGGAUAGGGUCACCAUUUUUGGAAACUCGGCUGGUGCGAUAAGCGUUGGUUUACAGGCCCUAUAUCCUAAAAAUAAAGGACUUUUCCAAAACGUUAUUGCAGAGAGUGGAUCUCCAACUAUCAUGAGCCUUGUCAAGAAUAUAAACGAAAACAUACAACCUGCAACAUACUUGGCACAACUGCUAAACUGCAGGACGGAAAAUAACGACCUAGUGUUUGAGUGCAUUCAGAAAAGUGACAGCGAGUCUAUGUUUAAAGCGUUUAAAAAUGCUUUAGCAGAUCCGAGGUUAUUUUGGAACAUUAUGUUCACACCCACAAUAGAUGGCGAAUUUCUGAAAAGUUCUCCUGCAAGACUUGUAGAACAAGCUAAAACUGAUGCUUCAGCUGAAGUAGAAUUUUUCAGAUCUUUGAGUUUUAUUAACGGGUUAAAUGGAGACGAAGGUGGAAUGUGGAUUCAUAUGAUAGAUGGUACAAAAGAAAGCUAUGAGGAUUUAAAGCUUUCCCAAGAAGACUUUGAUGAUAAAAUUAUACCGACAAUAUUGCCACUGGUUACGGGCUCGCGUAUCGAGGAAUCAAAUGUGUUAAAGUCACUAAUUAGUUCGAAGUAUAAAGACUGGAAAACACCAUGCGAGUCUAAAAACAUUGCAAAACAGGCUGUGAAGCUAUUGGGAGACAUAUACUUUACUGUUCCAGGUAUUGAAAUAAGUAGGUUACAUGUAAAUGGUUCAAACUCCGGUAGUUAUCUGUACAGGUUUACUGCAGGGGUCGAACGACAUCUCAUACCUACUCCCAGCUGGAUGGAUUUAGGUAACCAUGCUGAUGAGAUUGGACCCGUAUUUGGCUAUCAUUUAGACUUUGAUUGGUUUGGUGGCAUAAAGGGUGAAUACUCACCUUCUGAAUGGGAAUGGAACUUGUCUGAAAGAAUGAUGACGUUUUGGACAAAUUUUGCCAAAUACAGCAAUCCAAACGGACAGGAUGACAGUAACAGUUGGCCGAAAUAUACAAUUGAUCACGAGCAUUAUCUAAAUUUUGAUAGAAGAGAUCAAGUUGGACAAUACCUACACGCUGAUGAAGUGGAUUUUUGGCGGAAAAUAGUUCCGAUGGUGGAAGAAAAAUGCCAUGACGAUAAGUUGUCUGCAUUCUCAAGAAAGUCGUCUAAUACAUGUGAUGCGGCAGGGGGUUGCAAUUAAAGAUAAAAUUAUUAUUUUAAGACAUUAAUCCGCAUCAAUCUAUCUCCGUCAAUAUCAUGUAACUAUUUUAAAUAUGCUCCUUAACAAUAUUUGGAGGCGGCGGGUGCAAAACAUAAAGCAAAUGUAAAUAUGUAUCUGCAAGAAUGGUUGUAAAAUGAUAACACAAUGUCACAAUAGUUACUGUAAAUUUUUCGUGGUAAGUGUAACUUAAAAAAUUAAUUCGUACUUUAGUGUGUGCAUGCAUGUAGGAUUUAAUUAUUAAUGCAUUUUAGUUGUUAAACGUUCAAAAUAUAAUUUACUAACUAAC